CCAAAUAUCCACAUUAUUUAUCAACAAAUAACAAAUACUAAAUAGGGCUGUCGUAUUAAAGAAAUCUGAGAGCGCAGAGUUGAAGGGAAGAGAGGAAUGCAGAUCCGGGUGAAGUGCAGCUGCGGAGAGGACUGCCGGGAAUGGGCGGUGCUGGAAUUGCAAGGGGUGGUGGAAGUUCAGCCGCAAUUUCAAGACCGCCUCCACAACCUCCACAUUGGCCUCCUCUGCCGCCCUUCCUCGCCGGAAACCUACACGUUUACUAUCGGCUAUCACGAACUGAUGGGGACGAAACUGCCCUUGAAGAAGCCGCUCUUGGUCUUGAAGAAAACGAAGCGCUCCGAAGAUGGUUCUGAUGACGAUGCUUGUGCCGCCGGGGUAGAAUUGGAAGUCAUCGGAAUCAUCCGCCACCGGAUUCUGUUCAAGACCAGGCCUAUGGCCCUCAUUUCCAAACCCCAACCAGCAGUGAAGAAAAGCGCGCAAGCUCCUUUUGCACCACCUGCCCUGGAAAACUGAAGCAGUUUCAACUCUUCCAGAAAGUGAAGGAAUCGAAACUAAUGUAUUCGAAUUUCGAAGAAUCGAAUGUGUUUAUGUAUGUGAUUCGUUGCAAACAAAAGCUUUCUCACGAUGCAUCGUUA